AUGCGCAUUCCCAUCCGGGAGCAACUUGGAUGUCUGGUGUUGCUGGUUUCCCUAAUCGCUCUCGCCGUCGUUGCCGCUGCAACAUGGAUUACCAAUUACAACUUCGUUCUGGACAUCCGAGCCUCACGGCUGACACUGACGGCAUCAUUGAAGGCAUCGCAGCUGGCGUCAAACCUCUUACUGAUGCAGUCAACCGUGCGCUCCGCCUCCAGCAGAAUCGUCAUCCAGCGGCAGCUCCAGCGUUAUAACGAUGGCAAUGAGACUUAUCGGGCGAAUACAAACUGGACCACUUCGCAGACUGACCUAGCUGCCGUCUUCGAUGGGGGGCAGCAGAUGACAUUGCUACUACAAGCCCAGAUUUGGCCCAAGACAUAUACUGGACUGGCCGCAGACAAUGCCAAGCUUGCAGCUACCGCUUCGGUCGUCUCCGGCACGCUCGCUCUCCCCAUGACCUACGAUAAUGGUUCGACCGUCUACCUCGGUGAUCCGGGCCUGGGUUAUCCGCCUCGAUUAUACCCCAACUUGACCUUCACUUCCCAACGGGUAAACGACACUUUCAACGAAACCUUGGCUCAGUACGCAGGCCAGACCUUGAACGAGACCGGCAGUAUCUUACUUGGUCCUUGGGAACUGAACGAGACAUUCUCCUUGAUGUCCCUCACAGUCCCUAUCAUCAACAACACCUCCGCACUUGAUAUCCUUGGUUGGAUGACCGUUCUUGUGGAUGCCAAAUUGGUCUACCAGACUGUGAAUGCCGGCGAAGGGCUUGACAGUAGCGGUCUGACUCUCAUCGUUGGACCCGACACCAUCAACAACAGGUUUUCAUCUGAUGUGCUUUACUCGAACAACAGCGGCAGCCCCGCCAGCGACGUAUCGGUUCAUUUCGUGUUGCCACCGGGAAACAUAGACCAACGCCAUGCAUCCCGCGCCUGGGGAACCGCACAACAUGCUUUCGACUACAAUCAAUUUCCCGCCGUUAAGAAAGGGUUGACUACCGAUCAGAAUUCGCCAAACAAUGCGGGGUCCAUGAUAUCCACCGUGAACGAGGAACGAAAGCACGUGGCAGUUGGGUUUGCCAUACCGUCCACUACCUUGUGUGAUUGGAUUGUCCUCGUGGAGCAAGCGCAUGACGAAGUCUGGCAGCCUAUCAACCAUCUGCGAAACAUACUGAUCGCUUGUGUCUUCGGCACGGCGGGCGCCAUAUUACUUUUGACGCUUCCCCUAGCGCACUAUUCUGUCCGACCGAUUCGCCAGCUCAGGUCUGCCACGCAACGAUCCGUCUCGCCGACCGGGUACCUGCCAGAUGAUUCAAGCGUUUCCUCAGGUCAUAUGGAUGUUGAUGAUCCUGAUAUUCUUGCUCGCAAGGAAGGAUUCAUGUCGAAAAUCAACUCUUGGAGACACAGAGGGCGUCGAACUCGCGUGGAGCAGCGCGAGGUGGAAAGAAGGCGACAGUUCCGGAUCCCUGAGAAGGUCAGGGAUCAUAAGCAUUUGAUUCAUGAUGAGCUUACGGAUCUCACCACCACCUUCAAUGAGAUGACAGACGAACUCAUGAUGCAGUAUGAGAAGCUGGAAGAAAGAGUGAAGCAGCGUACAGCUGAGCUUGAGGAGGCAAUGAAGGCUGCCGAAGCUGCCAACGAGAGCAAGACGCUAUUCAUCGCCAACAUUUCGCAUGAGCUGAAGACCCCUCUCAACGGCAUCCUGGGAAUGUGCGCUGUGUGCAUGUCGGAGGAAGAUCCCAUCAAGCUAAAGCGUUCGAUGAGCAUCAUAUACAAGAGCGGAGACCUGCUACUCAAUCUCUUGACAGAUCUUCUGACUUUCAGCAAGAACCAGAUGGGCCAUCAGCAACUCUCACUUGACGAAAAGGAGUUUCGUUUGCGAGAUGUCAGCACCCAGGUUCUAGCAAUUUUCGACAAACAAGCAAAGGAGAACGGCAUCACCUUGUCCGUACGGUUCGAAGGUCCAGCCGACGUUAAUGCCGACGAGUCUGCUCAGCGCGGCGAACAGGGGCUUGCUCCGUUUGGUCUUGGGCGCAUAAAGGACAUGAUCCUGUGGGGCGAUCAACAUCGUAUUCUCCAGGUACUCAUCAACUUGGUCUCUAACGCUCUCAAGUUUACCCCCAGAGGUGGUUCCGUCUCUUGCACGAUCCGAUGUGUUGGAGACGCGAAUGUAACGCCAGGAUUUGGGAGUCGGAAAGGAUCUCUCAACUCAUCACGGCAGAACUCUGGACGGAAUUCCAGGAAUCGUGGGAGGCUGGAAUCGAAUUCGAUGUCUUCCCAGGUUACAUCGAGGCGUACGGAUACCGCGAACCAAAUCAAUGUCCUCCAUGACAAGGCAUAUGCUCACAUCCUAGAAGCCGAAAGGGCACAAACACCGCCGCCCGGAAGAUUUCUUACUUUCGAGUUUGAGGUUGAGGAUACCGGUCCGGGCGUUCCGGAAUAUCUGCAACAACGUAUCUUCGAACCUUUUGUACAAGGUGACCUUGGGCUCAGCAAGAAGUUUGGUGGUACUGGUCUCGGACUUUCCAUUUGCCAGCAACUCGCGACCCUGAUGAGAGGUACUAUUACUCUCAAGAGCACUGUUGGUCAGGGCAGCACGUUCACCGUGGAAGCUCCUUUGAGACAUCUGAAGACGCGAGCAGAUAGCACGGCUUCGUCAAGGGUUUCGGAGGUUCCGAAUGUCAGCAGAAAGAGCAGUCUGUCGAUCGAGUCGCCAACUUCCCGUACGGCAGAAGAGAAUACCACCACCAACGUGGCGCCUGUUUCGUUCGAGUCAGACUCCCAGCCACGGUUGGUAGGACUUAGGCAACCUUUCUUUGCUUCCCCCACGCCUCUGGAUUCCCCUGGUUCACAGGGAGCUGCAAUGGAUCGCAUCGCAGCCCAGGCUUCAAACAAGAGUGAUAGACUCAAAGUCCUGGUCGCCGAAGACAACAAGACCAAUCAAGAAGUUGUCCUGCGGAUGCUCAAACUCGAAGAUGUGUACGACGUACAGAUCGCGAAGGAUGGCCAAGAGGCUUUGGACAAAGUCAAAGAGAGCAUGGAGAACCAAAACCCUUACGAUUUGAUUUUCAUGGACGUGCAAAUGCCAAACCUCGAUGGUAUCCAAUCCACUCGUCUCAUCCGCCAAGCCGGUUAUUCAGCGCCUAUCGUCGCCCUCACGGCUUACGCGGAGGAGAGCAAUGUCAAGGAGUGCUACGAGUCAGGAAUGGACUAUUUCCUGUCAAAGCCGAUCCGACGCCCUGCGCUGAAGCAUGUCCUGAAGACUUACUGCGCUCCUAUCCCGGAAGAAACAGAGCCUGGAGACAGCCCUCCAUUGGAUUCGAAGAAGACGAAGAAAGGUGCCGCCCCGAACCCGAAGCCAGCGGCGAAGCCAAAGGCAAAGGACGAAACUCCAGGACCUUCGCCUCUGUCAUAA